CGAUCGAUCUCUCAUUCCUAAUUAAAAAUACUUAUAAUUAAUAAAAAGGAAAAUGGGCAAUUGCGUGAGAAAAGGAUCAUCAGAACGGACAAGUCGAGAUAUAAAAUCUCCGAUGAUGGUGCCGGAGACCCAAUUUUCCGGGAAAACAUGGGGUCUUGACGAGAAAGAGGAAAAAGGAGAUGAUCAGAAGAUUGCUGGAAGAGAGAUAAAAGUAAAGAUCACGAAGAAACAGCUAGAGGAAUUGCUGGGUAAGGUUGAGGUGCAGGGUUUGCCGUUGCAGUUGCUUCUGGCAGAACUCAUUAUAAGCAGCCAAGUACAGCAUGAUCAGGAUCAGGAUCAGGAUUCUGAUGAUCAUCAACGGUCGUGGAGGCCCACCCUUCAGAGCAUCCCAGAAUAGUUAUAUAUAUAUAUAUAUAUGGCCCAUGGGUGGGUAAUCAUGUGUUGAUGAUCAUCAUGAUAUAUAACAAUCAACCAGGGAUCCCCCAUUUUAAAUUCCAUCUCUUUAAUUAGUAUAUAUAUAUAUAUAUAUAUAUAUAUAUAUAUAUAUUUCUGUACAAAAAUUUUGAACCUUCCUUCUCUUUCAAUGAAUUGAAACUGAUAAUCUCUAGCUAGCUAGCUACAUCAAGCAAUCCAGAUAAAUUAGCAAGAUUUUGAUUCUAUCCAAAUAUUUUCAGAUCUUUAUUUUUUAUCUCUAUCUAGCUAGUAGUAGUAAUC